AAUGUGGUCUGGUCUGUCUGGAGGCGCCACAGUGUACAUCAGGCGCGCGGGAGGCUGGGACGCGGACACACGGACAUACACACACCGGCGAUGGGCGCUCACACUCUCGCAUACACGCUUUGACGUCUAUCAGCUGAUCCCGCCGCCUCAGUCCCGACGUGUGCUUGUCGAGAGAGUGCCGUGGUGAGCGUCUCUCCCGCCUCGAGUGUCCAGCCCAUCCGAGUGUUUACUUUAUUAAGUGCUGCGUGCUAAGUGGCCAGAUUGUGAGUCUGUGAAGUAGUGGUGAAGAGGCGGGGUGGUGACAUACACGAGUGAUUUUUGUGAGGCAAGGAGUGGCAAGAUGGCGGCGUGGUGCAGUCGUGGAGUGAAGCCAGAUACGCAAUACAGAUAAAGAACAGACAGAGAGAGAGAGAGAGAGAGAGAGAGAGAGAGAGAGGAAAUAGAAAGAAACUAGAUAAUUAUUGAUAAGGGAAAAUAAAAUAAACUAAAUAUUUGUUGAUAAAGUGCGAACAGACUGAGUGAAGAAAUAAGAGGAUAGAAAUGCAACUCUGAAUCAGCGUUCAUAGGAAAACAAAAGAAAUAAAAGGAAAGAAAAGAAAAAAAGAAAAAAAAACAAGAAGCAAAACAGGAAAUAAAAAAAUAUUCAAACAAACGAAAAAAAAGUGAAGAAAAAAAACAAAGAUGAAAUAAACAAACAAGUGAAUAUAUAUAAAAAAAAAAAAACAAUCUAGAUAUCUUACAUUUGAAAACCACGACGAACAAAUAACACACAAACAACAAAGAUGGCGGCUUUUGAGAGCUGUUAUUGCUGUAGUCUUCGGGCGGGGUCAGCAUUUAUCGGCUUCCUGGGGCUGCUGGCGAGUGUCGGCGGCGCGGCGCUGUGUGUGUUGGUGGUCACAGCAGAGGACCUGGGACAGACCCUUCAGACAGCUUACAACACCUAUUACGACCUGGAGAACCCUAUCAUUGUGUAUGGACCGAAUGGGACCAUCUCAGGGCCUCGUGAUCUUAAUCUUGGUGACCCGGAGCUGAUGUACGUGGAGUUGAUAACAAUAUGUACAUUGGUGGUGAUGUUCCUGUGCUCUGUGGUGAAUGCUCUGCUCAUCAUCGGUGCUAUCAGGGAGGUACCGUGGAUGAUGCUUCCCUGGAUGGUGGUGCAGUGGGUCAUCAUCCUCAUCACCAUCACUAUAUUUGGCCUCGUCCUUUGGCACGAGUUGGUGUCAAUGCCGAGAUACUGGUGGGCGGUGAUGUUCAUGGUGGCGGUGGUGAUCCUAAUGGUGUUGUCUUUCGUGUUGGUGUUGUCACUGUACCAGAGCGUGAAGGAGAGAGAGGCGCCUGAGUUCUACCAAGGAGCUGCUUUGGUGCACCGCCACAUCUGGCUGUCACAAAAGGGCAAAUACUACGACUAGCAUUGCGAGCCCUGCUGGCGGGCGGCGUGGGCGGCUGGCCGUCGCCCCCGCGCCCACCAGCAGCAGCAGACGCCCACGCCCUCGCCAGGGAGCAG